AUGAUUACCAAGAAUACGACCGGCCAGGUCGAUGUCCUCAUCGUUGGGGCCGGGCCAGCGGGGUUGAUGAUGGCGACCUGGAUGAAUGCUUGCGGAAUAAAUACCAGGAUUGUGGACAAGAGAGGCACAAAGAUUUUCAACGGUCAGGCAGACGGUCUCCAGUGUCGAACGCUGGAGAUAUUCGAUUCAUUCGACUUUGGCCAUCGAGCAUGGCGCGACUCCAAUCAUAUGCUUGAAAUAUGCUUGUGGAAUCCCAAUUCGGAGGGUGUGAUCCAACGUAGUGAUCGCAUAGCUGAUACAAUUCCUGGGAUCAGUCGUUUUCAGCAGUGUGUGCUUCAUCAGGGUCGAAUUGAGCGGUACUUUUUAGACGCGAUGAGCAAAACCGGAAUUUCCGUCGAAAGGGGUGUCAUGCCAACAAAGCUAGAAUUGGAUGAGUCCCUAGCUGAAGACCCAGACGCCUACCCUAUCACCAUCACACUUCGCCAUCUGAGCGAAGAAGAGGCAACGCCGAAACAAUCUGCCACUUCUGCGAAUGGCGCUGCCAUUGAAGACGGCCUCUUUCGCAGUAACAUGGCAGCUGACGACACCGAAGACAUGAUCCGAAAGGCUGAACUCAACAACAAGGCCAAUACUGUCGAGGUCGUUAAAGCGAAAUAUGUCCUAGGCGCAGACGGUGCCCAUUCCUGGGUUAGAAAUCAGUUGGGUUUCAAACUCGAGGGAGAAUCCACCGACUAUAUCUGGGGUGUCUUAGACAUCAUCCCAAUCACCGACUUCCCAGAUAUUCGCAUGAGAUGUGCAAUUCAUUCCGCUAGCUCUGGAAGUGUGAUGGUCAUCCCUCGCGAGAAUAAGUUGGUCCGCCUUUACAUUCAGCUGACCACAACCAAUGCAGAAGGCGGUCAGAAAUUCGACAGAUCAAAGAUUACUCCCGAAUUUAUCCUGGCAUCGGCUCAGAAGAUCAUGGCACCGUACAAGAUCACGUAUCGCUAUUGUGAUUGGUGGACGGCAUAUCAGAUUGGUCAGAGGGUCGGUACCAAUUUCAGCGCCCAAGAGCGAAUUUUCCUGGCCGGGGAUGCAGUGCAUACACACAGCCCAAAAGCCGGCCAGGGCAUGAAUGUUAGUAUGCAAGAUGCAUAUAAUCUGGGUUGGAAAGUUGCAAGUGUAGUCAAAGGUCACUCAGAUCGUUCAAUUCUCAAGACAUACCAAUCUGAACGACGCAGAGUGGCACAAGACUUAAUUGCAUUUGACCACAAAUUCUCCAGGCUAUUCUCUGGCCGACCUGCCAAAGAUGUCAUGGACGAGGAAGGCAUUAGUAUGGCUGAGUUCAAACUGGCCUUUGAGAAAGGCAAUCUGUUCGCCAGCGGAACUGCUGUGGAUUAUGGUAAGAGUCUCAUCGUGGUAAAGGAGGGAGAUGCAGCCGAGCAGGGAGAUGGAUCUGAUGUUGCGACAAAGGACAAGUCCUUGCAAAUCUCCAGUAACCAGGCACUCGCUAGUAAGCUCGACAUUGGAAUGCGGAUACCGAGCUUCAAAGUUCUCAGUCAGGCGGACGCGAGACCAUGGCACUUCCAAGAAUUAUUGAAGAGCAAUGGGACUUGGAGAGUUAUUGUCUUCGCAGGAAAUCUUGGAUCCCCACAACAAACAGAGAAGCUUGCUACCAUCGGUAAAGCACUUGGGGCUUCUGAUUCAUUUGUGCGGCGAUUUACCCCAAAGACCAGCAAGGCCGACUCUGUGUUCGAGAUUCUGGCAGUCCACUCUGGCAGACGUCAGCAUACCACAAUUUUUGAUUUCCCGGAAGUCUUCAGAAAUUUUGAUGAGCGAGAUGGAUGGGACUAUUCCAAGAUUCUGGUCGAUGAUCAGUCAUACCAUGAAGGACAUGGCCAUAUUUACGACAAUUAUGGAAUUGAUCCUGAACAAGGUUGCGCUGUCAUUCUUCGCCCGGAUCAAUAUAUUUCGUAUAUUGGCCCAGUAGAUGAUUAUGACACACUCGACAAGUUUUUCUCUGGAUUCAUGAUCUCACAAAAUUCUGUGGAGGCUACAGAGAAGUCAAAAGCUGAAAUGUCCCAAUAG